GUAAGUAAAGCUUCAUGGUCUCCUCGUCCUUUUAUUCAUUGAAACUAUCAACUUCGAUUGUGUCAUGGUCUCUUUCUACCGUAAAUUCUCCCUCAUUGCUAUCCCAAAGCUAGUUCCUCAAGAGCAACGGCUACCACGAUCAACUAAAAUAUUCAUACCUUUCUCUCAGCUUCAGCAGCGAAAACUUCUAGAGGUGCGGCUCGUCUCUGUUCUCCAUGGCUGCACCAACCUCACCGAAAUCAAACAAGUCCACGCCCACAUCCUCCGCAUGGGCCUUGAACAAUGUUGCUACGUUCUCACCAAGCUUAUACGUAUCCUCACUAGCCUCCACGUUCCGGUUCACCCCUACCCUUACCUUGUCUUCCAACAGGUCAAGUACCCAAACCCAUUCCUCUGGACUGCUCUCAUCCGCGGGUAUGCUAUCCAAGGUCCCUUUUCCGAAUCGGUUGUUUUGUAUAAUCGCAUGAGAAGGGAAGGUACUGGGCCAGUCUCGUUCACGUUCUCUGCACUUUUUAAGGCUUGCGGUGCAGUUCUUGACGUAAAUUUAGGGCGACAAAUCCAUGCGCAAACAAUUGUGAUUGGUGGGUUUGCUUCUGAUUUGUAUGUUGGCAAUACUAUGAUAGAUAUGUAUGUAAAAUGCGGGUUUUUAAAUUGUGGGCGCAAAGUGUUUGACGAAAUGGGUGAAAGGGAUGUGGUUUCUUGGACCGAGUUGAUUGUUGCUUAUGCGAAGCAUGGUGAUAUGGAUUCAGCAGGGGAAUUGUUUCAAGGGUUGCCUAUGAAGGAUAUGGUGGUGUGGACUGCGAUGGUCACAGGCUAUGCUCAAAAUGCUAGGCCAAGGGAGGCGUUGCAGUGUUUCGAGAAAAUGCAGGAGGUGGGUGUGGAGACCGAUGAUGUUACAUUGGUUGGUGUCAUUUCGGCUUGUGCACAAUUGGGUGCGGCUAAGUAUGCUAAUUGGGUGCGAGAUGUUGCUGAGAAAUCGGGAUUUGGGCCCACUGAGAAUGUUGUUGUGGGAUCUGCAUUGAUAGAUAUGUACUCAAAGUGUGGAAGUGUUGAGGAAGCAUAUAAGAUUUUUGAAGGAAUGAAGGAAAGGAAUGUGUUUUCUUAUAGUUCAAUGAUUGUGGGAUUUGCGAUGCAUGGUUGCGCUCAUGCAGCAAUGCAGUUGUUUCAUGAGAUGUUGAAGACUGAGACAAGACCCAACAAAGUCACUUUUAUUGGGGUGCUUACAGCAUGCAGCCAUGCAGGCUUGGUUGAACAAGGUCGGCAAUUAUUUCUGACCAUGGACAAAUGUUUUGGUGUUUCUCCUUUGGCAGAUCACUAUGCUUGCAUGGUAGAUCUGCUUGGUCGGGCUGGACGGCUGGAAGAAGCACUUGAGCUUGUUGAAACAAUGCCCAUGGAACCCCACGGAGGUGUGUGGGGAGCACUGCUUGGAGCAUGUCGCAUUCAUGGAAAUCCUGACAUUGCUCAGAUUGCUGCUAACCAUCUCUUUGAGCUAGAACCUAAUCGUAUUGGAAACUACAUCUUGCUUUCUAACAUAUAUGCAUCGGCGGGUAGGUGGGAUGAUGUUUCUAGUUUGAGGAAGUUGAUGAGAAAGAAGGGCUUGAAAAAGAAUCCUGGGUGUAGCUGGGUUGAAGCAAAAAAGGGGGUAAUUCACGAGUUCUAUGCAGGUGAUAUGAGCCAUCCAAAAUCCAUUGAGAUUAAGCAGGCAUUGGAUGAUCUGCUGGACAUAUUAAAGGCUCAUGGGUACCAGCCAAUACUAAGUUCUGUCACUUAUGAUGUUAGUAAUGAGGAGAAGCAGCGUAUACUGAUGAGUCAUAGUGAGAAGCUAGCCUUGGCAUAUGGGCUGCUCAGUACAGAUGCCGGUUGCUCGAUUAAGAUCAUGAAGAAUGUCAGAAUAUGCGAUGAUUGCCAUGCGUUCAUGUGUAGUGCAUCUCAAGCUACUGGGCGGGAGAUUGUUAUAAGGGAUAACAUGAGAUUUCAUCACUUUCAUGAUGGGGCAUGCUCUUGUGGUGAUUUUUGGUGAUUGAUGAUGAAGGUCCAACACCAACCCCUUACAGUCCUUUAUAUGGGUGGAUGUUGGUAAUAUAAUUGUUUUGCCCGUUGAUACUCAAAUAUCCAUGCUCCUCAAUUGGUAUGAUAUAUUUGAGCAGCCGCCUAGAAAACCUCUUCUGGAACAGUUAUUUCUGAAUUUGCGUUAGCCGGCUUCUUUUGUGGAUAAUGCAACCUUUGAGAUUUUUGGUCUAUGAAAAAGAAAAUUACGAUGACGAAAUAGUUCUGAUUGUUCACACAGCUUUCUUUACUGGACAUCUUUCCCUUUUCACUAGUGAGCUAGGACAUCGACAAAAUUUGUUACCUCAAAGGUUACUAUUUGGUACUACAAGAGGACAAACUUAUGGACCAGUAUGCCGAUUUUCAUCAAUGUGGGAACGUCAAAUAGAACACUUGAAUUGCGACUCUCCUUUGAAAGAAGAAAUAUCAGUAAGUUUGUGCUUUGGAGGAGUGGAGAUAGUGGCAGUGAGUAAGAUGUUCAAAUUACUUAAGCUAAUCAGGCUCAUGAAGCUGCCCAUUGUGACAAAAUCAAUGGAUUGAGGAAGCUUGGUAUGGAAUAUUUUGAUGAAGAGGAUGAUGGUAUAUCAUCUGCAUAAGGAUGAUGCAUCUUUCUUUUUGCCUUUUCGGGGGCUAUUUUUGGGGUGUGAGGAGGGGUAUCUCAUGCUUGUUAGUCAGUGUUAACCUUAAGCGUUGUUAAAUUAAUGAAAUUGAGUUAUUUGCAUAAAUUCCUUGGUAAGUGAUUUUUAAUUUGUAUAUGAUUAGUCGAAAAUCUGUACGGCCUUGUUGUGCACAUAUUAACAAGGCCCUGCUGGGUU